GAAUGUGGGGAAUGUUCUUGGCUUUCUUGAGGUAUGAAGUAAUCCUUAUAUUCUACGGUCGGCAAACUUAUUGCAAUUUCGUUUUCCUCAGCUCCUUUUUUACUUUCCAAUUUCCCUAAGCAGAAGCAGCCAAAUAAUCAGUAACUGUAGAAGAUGGCAACACUAGCAGAUAUAGGAGUUUCUGCAGCUAUAAAUAUUCUCUCUGCACUUAUCUUCCUUUUGGCAUUUGCAAUUCUGCGGCUUCAACCACUCAAUGACAGAGUGUACUUCCCAAAAUGGUAUCUUAAGGGUCUGAGAAACGAUCCCCUAGAGUCUGGUGGAUUUGUUAAGAAAGUUGUUAAUUUGGAUUGGAGGGCAUAUAUAAAGUUUCUGAAUUGGGUACCGGAUGCACUGAAAAUGCCUGAACUUGAACUGAUUGACCAUGCCGGAUUGGACUCUGCUGUUUAUUUACGGAUCUACUUGCUAGGGCUUAAAAUAUUUGUUCCAAUUACAUUUCUUGCUUUUACUGUUCUAGUACCCGUUAAUUGGACAAAUAACACUCUUAUGAAGUCCGGGUUUACUUACAGUGACAUUGAUAAGCUUUCCAUUUCAAAUGUUCCACUCAGAUCACAGAGAUUUUGGGCUCAUAUAAUUAUGACCUAUGCCUCGACAGUUUGGACAUGCUAUGUCUUACAAAGAGAGUACGCAAAAGUUGCAGCGAUGAGGUUGCAGUUUCUUGCAUCUGAAAGACGUCGCCCUGAUCAAUUCACUGUCCUUGUCAGAAACGUUCCACCAGACACUAAUGAAUCAGUCAGUGAAUGUGUCGAGCACUUUUUCCUGGUUAAUCAUACAGAUCAUUACCUCACAAAUCAGGUUGUUUUCAAUGCCAACAAACUAGCAAAAUUGGUCAAGCAGAAGAACAAUAAGCAAAAUUGGCUUGAUUAUUACCGUCUGAAGUAUUCCAGAAAUCAAUCAAAACGGCCCAUGAUGAAGACUCGUUUGUUUGGCCUUUGUGGAAAUAAAGUGGAUGCGAUCGAUUAUCAGACUGCUGAAGUUGAAAGACUAUCGAAAGAGAUAGCUGAAGAGAGAGAGCGGGUUAAAAAUGACCCAAAAUCUAUCAUGCCGGCGGCAUUUGUCUCAUUCAAAACACGGUGGGGUGCUGCUGUUUGUGCUCAAACUCAGCAGUCAAGAAAUCCAACUUUGUGGUUAACUGAAUGGGCUCCAGAGCCGCGUGAUGUAUAUUGGAAAAAUCUGGCGAUUCCCUAUGUGUAUUUAACAAUUAGGAGGCUCAUAAUUGGUGUUGCUUUCUUUUUCCUGACAUUCUUUUUCAUGAUUCCCAUCACAUUUGUUCAAACUCUUGCAAGUAUCGAGGGGAUCAGGAAAAGAGCACCAUUCCUAAAAGUAAUCAUUGACAUACCUUUCAUCAAGUCAUUCAUCCAAGGUUUUCUACCUGGGAUUGCUUUGAAGAUAUUUCUGAUAGUUUUGCCGACUAUACUGAUGCUGAUGUCCAAAUUUGAGGGCUGGGAAAGUAUUUCAGCUCUGGAAAGGAGAUCUGCAUCUAAAUACUACAUCUUUAACUUUGUGAAUGUGUUUCUUGGGAGCAUAAUUGCAGGAGCUGCAUUUGAUCAGCUAAAUACCUUCAUUCAUCAGUCAGCAAAUGAAAUCCCCAAAACAAUUGGUGUUGCUAUCCCUAUUAAAGCAACAUUCUUCAUAACUUACAUAAUGGUUGACGGUUGGGCUGGUAUUGCUGGAGAGAUCCUAAGGUUGAAGCCACUAAUAAUCUUCCAUUUGAAGAACUUUUUUUUGGUCAAAACUGAAAGGGAUAGAGAGAAGGCGAUGGAUCCUGGAAGCCUCGAUUUCAACACUGGAGAACCGCAGAUACAAUUAUAUUUCUUGUUGGGCCUAGUCUAUGCUGUAGUCACGCCAUUUCUGCUUCCUUUCAUACUGGUGUUCUUUGGCAUGGCAUAUUUUGUGUUCCGUCAUCAGAUUAUACAUGUAUACAAUCAAAAGUAUGAAAGUGGAGCAGCAUUCUGGCCAGAUGUUCACGGACGUAUAAUAUUUGCUCUAGUCUUCUCUCAGUUAUCUUUACUGGGGUUGCUAAGUACAAAGCAUUCUGCUCAAUCAGCACCUUUCCUCAUCGCCCUUCCAGUAUUGACUAUCUCUUUUCACUACUUCUGUAAAGGGCAUUACGAGCCAGCUUUCACCAGAUACCCGCUGCAGGAAGCGAAGAGGAAAGAUACUUUAGAACGAGCCAAAGAAUCCAAUCUUAACUUGAACGACUACCUUCAAAAUGCUUAUUUGCACCCUGUUUUUAAAGGUGACGAUGAGGAUAACGAUGAGGACUUCAACGAUAAGUUGGAGAGUAACGAUACUGUGUUGGUCCCAACAAAGCGCCAGUCAAGAGGAAAUACUCCUGCGAAAAGCAGAAUGAGUGUCAACUCUUUUACUUCAUUUCCUGACGAUAUUGACCACAUACAUUAACUGCUUUGUUUCUUUUGGAUGUGAGAUUCCAACUCUUUGUACAUAAGAGAGCUAAAGGCAAAUUGACAAGAGCUGGUGGCUGCAGCCUGUGGCUAAUGGAACUCAAAGGAAGUGGGAAAUUGAAUUCAUCAUUUUUUGUAUCCCUUCCCGCGUUCUCCCUCUAUUAUGUACUUUUGUUGUAUUUCCUAAAACCAAAUAAAAUAGAGUUGUCCAAGACCCAAUGUUAUAGAGUUUAGGGCUUUGUAGGGAACAAACAUUAAGUUGCUUGUUAAUGAAGGGGUUUCUAAAAGAAGUGAAGUUAGACGUUUGGUCC